GAAGAGGCCUGGGUGAUUAGAGAUUGAUAGGUAUAUGAGGUGUAGGGAAGACAGGCUUGAAGCUGAGUAGGGGUGAUAGCCUAGAAAUUUGGGGGCUGGGUUGAAGCUGUGUCCACGUCUUUCAGGCUGUGAUUCCAACCCUGGCACAGCCUGACACCUUCUCUGGCAGGCACAAGCCUCCACCAGGCCCAGGGAAGGGGGUGAUGCCUGUCUACCUCACCGGGUUUAUCAUCCACAAGGAGUGGCUUAGGGUGGCCAGGAAGAAAUAGACAGUUGUGGUGUUCCCAAGAGAUACGUCCAUUUCAUUUCCCCAAGAGCCAGGGCCAUCUGUGCCCACUGCAUGCCAUGCUAUAACUGUUCCAUGCUCCAAACCCCUUUAGACCCCUAAGCAUGCUUCCCCAGAACUGUUCUGCAGCCUGCCUCUGAGAAGCCUGGCCCACCCAUUGAUAAGGCUGGUCAUCUCUAGGUCCAAAAAUCCUGUGCUGGAGACCAGAUUGGCCCUUGGUAUGCCUUAGCAGUCUGGCAUAUAUGUUUAUGGGAGCUCCAGGUCUCAGGAUAUCAUAGGACAUGAUCAAUGUCAAAGCAAACAGAGGCCACAGAUUGAAAUCGCCCACCACAGACAGGUUCUGGGUCUAUUGUGUGCAGAGUGGAGAGUUCAGACUACUGCACUGUGUUGAGAGAUGAUGUCAUCCUUUUAAUUAUGUGCUUUCUAGAGCAACGGUGCCCAUGACAAGCAUUCCUAGUUGCAGAUGGCUGGACCCUAUGUGAAAUGAUGGUUUCUCUACACCCCGUGUCUCCUCUGCUACACCCAGCGGUGUCACAGUGAUCCCCAGGGACUCACUCUCAAACGGCGAUGAACAACUACACGGCUGUGGUAGAAUUUGUCCUGCAGGGAUUCUCCAUGGAUCCCGGCUUCCAGGUUUUCUUCUUGGCCUUUUUCUUCAUUCUUUACAUCCUGGCUCUGGCAGGAAACACCCUCAUCAUCAUGGCCAUCAGCCUGAAUCCAAGUCUUCACACCCCCAUGUACUUCUUCCUUGCAAACCUGGCCCUGUUAGACAUUGUCUGCACAUCCACUGUUCUUCCCAAGCUGUUGGAGGGUCUGGUGGGUAAGGGCAGCCACAUCUCUUAUAAGGGAUGCAUGACCCAGCUCUUCUUCCUAACCUGGUUUCUGGGGGCUGAGCUGCUGCUGCUCACUGCCAUGGCCUACGACCGCUACGUGGCCAUCUGCCGCCCACUGCACUACAGCAUGCUGAUGAGUUGGCCCGUCUGUGUCCUGCUCGCGGGCAGUGUGUGGCUCAUCAGUGCGGUCAGCACAUCUGUGCACACUGGCCUGAUGGCACAGCUCAAUUUCUGUGGCCCCAACCAAAUUCGUCACUUUUUAUGUGAAAUCCCAUCACUGCUACUGCUGUCUUGCAGCCCGACCACCCUCAACAACAUCAUGAUUGUCAUCGCAGAUGUUUAUUUUGGCGUGGUCAACUUCCUGUUGACCAUGAUAUCCUACAGCUUUAUCAUUGCCAGCAUCCUGCGCAUCCGCUCUGCAGAGGGCAAGAAGCGUGCCUUCUCUACCUGCUCUGCCCACCUGGUGGUGGUCACCUUGUAUUACUCCACUGUCAUCUAUACCUAUGUGCAGCCUGGCUCUGGAUCCUCCUUGGAAAAUGGCAAGUUGGUUGCCUUAUUGUACACUGCAGUCAGCCCUACCCUGAACCCCCUCAUUUACUCUCUGAGGAAUAAGGAUGUCAAAGUGGCCCUCAGGAAGGUGUUUCCCUGUGUCUGUUGAGGAGGUAGAAAACACUGGUGUGGCUUGAUCCAGCUGUUGAUGAAUUAGUUGGAACAUAUGACUGAGAAUCUGAUAAUGCGGCAAGGAACAGAAAGGCAAUUUGUGUGACAGAUGUACAUGUAAUGUGCCUCUCUUGGAGGAGCCACUGGCCAUUUCCUUCUGUCAGUGGCAGGUUUGGGGCAUGCUGCAUGUCUAUAGCCUGAUGUCUCUGAUGCAGGGGUUUUUGGUAUCCUGUGUUGGAGAAAGUCAUCCAGACCCCGAUAUUGGACUAACUCCUCACCAUAUAGACUUGAGGAGAACUGUGUCUGGUGGCUUCAUGGUCUCCACACCACUGAGAGGAGAGAGAACAAGCAAUCUGCCUCCCAUACUUGUGAUGCCCAGGAAGGGGUGAGUUGACUAUUUAUUCCUCCUCAGCUGGGAAGCUCUGCGGUCGUAGCAGAGGAUGCCAGCCUUUUCUUAGUUUGGACAGAAGCCUUUGCAUCGUGACUCAGAGUUCAUUCUGCCUCUGGCCUCUGGAUGCUGCUGUCCACAGCAUCCCCCUGGACUCUCUUCUCUCCUUCAGGCGAUUUGCUCUAGGCUGUGAUAAACUCUGUAUUAUUCAGUGCUGUUGGCAGCAACGUCCAAAUGUCCAGC